AUGGCCGCCUCCGACUUGACAGCACAGCCGAGUCUGCCUGAUGAGAUGCUUAACAUGAUAUGCCAGGAACUCGGUAAAGAUCGCGACUUCGGCUCAUUGUACAGAUGUGCUCAGGCCUCUAGCUCUGUUGCGGAUCCUGCCUUGCGGACCAUGUACCAGUACCAUGAGGUCUCACCGUCGUUUCUGCAGAGUGACGAGUUCGAUCCACGGCUAGCCAAGGCCGACUUCGCCACGAAAUUCGCAGAUGCGGAGCAAGUCUUCCGACGCUGGACAGUGCUCUGGCGCUCUAUUAUCUUGUCGGGCCUAGAUAGUUCCCGGACUUACAAGCCCUACUGUCGCUAUCUCCGCGUUCUUGACUUCCGGAAUCUCAUGAACAUGCUCGAAGACGUUCGGUUUCAAGGCAAGAUGCAAACCGCGUUCUACGCAGGGCCUAUGAAGUCUGUCAAGUUCACUAGCCACUAUUACAAAGGCCGGCAAAUUGUCGAUGGACCACAGACUGUCAAUGCCGUCGGAGAGCCUCUGACCAAAGCUACGACACAGAUUGAGGAGAUAGCAGGCAACAUUGGCGCCGGUGUCCUUCCGUCUUGGAUCUCUCGUUCACCCAAGCUGGAAUCGCUAGUCCUCUGGAAUGGCAACUCGCUCGCAAAUGGGGCCGGUGAAGCAAUUGCGAAUCAUUGCGAAGCCUUCAAAAGCCUGACUAUUCGUGAGUGGCGAUCUAUCCCUUCAUUCGAUGCCGACGAGCUGUUUGCCACUUUUCUCAACGAGCUCAGAGCAGAUACGCUGCAGUACUUUGAGCUGAUAAGUUUCAAUGACAUUGCCGCGCGAUCGUUUGAGGCCCUCGGUCGCCACAAGACUCUCCAGGAACUCAAAUUGAGCAACCUCUCCCAGACCGCGAUCGAGAACCUGCAUCAUCUAAAAGGCUGCACCAAUCUUCAUACUCUGGCGCUGGAGGACAAUUUGGGGACCGUUCAACUUGAGGCUCUAAACAACGACGUCUUUGUUGAGGUUGUCCAUUGGUUGAGUUCUUGUUCCAAGCUUCGCGACCUUGCGUUGAAGAAGUUCGCUGAUGGCCCUUCGCUUCUCAGUCAAGUGUUGAGUUCGCCCAACGUCAGGCUGACCAAGUUGUCACUCGAAGGGUAUCAAGUGCGGCUACCUAACUCACAGUUGUUCCAUACUGCACUUUCGGAGCAGAAACAUCUAGAGUCGGUGUGGCUAAAGGGGAAUGGGGAGGACACAAUUCCUGAUGACCUACAGAUGAUGGUUGACGGCCUCAGCAAUAUCCCUCACCUAAAGGAGUUGAUCCUGAAGGAUGUCUCGGAUGAGUUCCAAGAACACCACAUCGCCCAGCUGGCUAUCAACCUGCCGGAGUUAGAGGAGUUCUGGACCAGCGGCGAUGUUGUAUCUGGUGAUCUUUUACAUGCACUCGUCAAUCUGCGUUCGCUGAAGAAGCUGGACCUAUACGCAAUGACACAGUUCACGAGCGACGAGAUCAUCGACUUUCUCAGCAAGCUCGAUCCCGAGAUGCAACGAGGCUUCAACUUCUCGCUCAUGGCGGCAGACCCGAAUCAGGGCAACCUGACCGACACUGAACAGGAUCUCAUUCGAGACUACAUCCGAUCUAACUUGGACGGACGCUUCGACUUCGUCUUGUGGCGUGAGAUGGACACAAGCGACAGCGACAGCGAUUAG